GGCGGCGCUGGGAGGCCGGGCGGGACCUAGAGCUUCCCGCCUGUCGCUGGCGCUGAGGCUUUUGCCUUUCCUUGCCGGCGUCUUGCUCACGGCCCUGGCUGGGCAGGGCAGAGCGCCCCCGGGGAGGGGCGGAACUGUAGAACAAAAUAGGCAGCCUGGGAGUGUGUACUUGUAUGAAGGGGAGAUAUGGUGUAAGAUAUUUCUUCAAGAUUGGACAGCUGCGGACCUGUUACUUCUGAUUAGCCUUAAGCCAACUUAUAGCCAUAGAGAAAUCUCACGGAGUUCCAUUUUUUGUUUUCUGCUUCACGCCUUUCCUGACACCUAAGUUCACCUUGCAACCAUGUAUGGAAGUGCUCGCUCAGUUGGGAAGGUGGAACCAAGCAACCAGAGUCCUGGGCGUUCACCUAGGCUUCCACGUUCCCCUCGCUUGGGUCAUCGUCGAACCAAUAGUACAGGAGGGAGUUCUGGAAGCAGUGUUGGAGGUGGCAGUGGGAAAACCCUUUCAAUGGAGAAUAUACAAUCCUUAAAUGCUGCCUAUGCCACGUCUGGCCCGAUGUACCUAAGUGACCAUGAAAACGUGGGUUCAGAAACACCUAAGAGCACCAUGACUCUUGGCCGGUCAGGGGGACGUCUGCCUUAUGGUGUUAGGAUGACCGCUAUGGGCAGUAGCCCCAAUAUAGCUAGCAGUGGGGUUGCUAGUGACACCAUAGCAUUUGGAGAGCAUCACCUCCCUCCUGUGAGUAUGGCAUCCACUGUACCUCACUCUCUUCGUCAAGCAAGAGAUAACACAAUCAUGGAUCUGCAGACACAGUUGAAGGAAGUAUUAAGGGAAAACGAUCUCUUAAGGAAGGAUGUGGAAGUAAAGGAGAGCAAAUUGAGUUCUUCAAUGAAUAGCAUCAAGACCUUCUGGAGCCCAGAGCUGAAGAAAGAACGAGCCCUGAGAAAAGACGAAGCUUCCAAAAUCACCAUUUGGAAGGAACAGUAUAGAGUUGUGCAGGAAGAAAACCAGCACAUGCAGAUGACAAUCCAGGCUCUUCAGGAUGAAUUGCGGAUCCAGAGGGACCUGAAUCAACUGUUUCAACAAGAUAGCAGCAGUAGGACUGGUGAACCUUGUGUGGCAGAGCUGACAGAGGAGAACUUUCAGAGGCUACAUGCUGAGCAUGAGCGGCAGGCCAAAGAGCUGUUUCUUCUUCGAAAGACCUUGGAGGAAAUGGAACUGCGUAUUGAGACUCAGAAGCAAACCCUAAAUGCUCGAGAUGAAUCCAUCAAGAAACUUCUGGAGAUGUUGCAGAGCAAAGGACUUUCUGCCAAGGCUACCGAGGAAGACCAUGAGAGAACAAGACGCCUGGCGGAGGCAGAGAUGCAUGUCCACCACCUAGAAAGCCUUUUGGAGCAGAAGGAAAAAGAAAACAAUAUGUUGAGAGAGGAGAUGCAUCGGAGAUUUGAGAAUGCCCCUGAUUCUGCCAAAACAAAAGCCCUGCAAACUGUUAUUGAGAUGAAGGAUUCAAAAAUUUCCUCUAUGGAGCGUGGGCUCCGAGACCUGGAAGAGGAAAUUCAGAUGCUGAAAUCAAAUGGGGCUUUGAGUACUGAAGAGCGGGAGGAAGAAAUGAAGCAAAUGGAGGUGUAUCGGAGCCAUUCUAAAUUUAUGAAAAAUAAGGUAGAGCAACUGAAGGAGGAACUAAGUUCGAAAGAGGCUCAAGGGGAGGAGCUGAAAAAGAGAGCGGCUGGUCUUCAGGCUGAGAUUGGCCAGGUGAAACAGGAGCUGUCCAGAAAGGACACAGAACUACUAGCCCUACAGACAAAGCUAGAAACGCUCACAAACCAGUUCUCAGACAGUAAGCAGCACAUUGAAGUGCUGAAGGAGUCUUUGACUGCCAAGGAGCAGAGGGCUGCCAUCCUGCAGACUGAGGUGGAUGCUCUCCGGUUGCGUUUGGAAGAGAAGGAAACCAUGUUGAACAAAAAGACGAAACAAAUCCAGGAUAUGGCUGAGGAGAAGGGGACACAAGCUGGAGAAAUACAUGACCUCAAGGACAUGCUAGAUGUGAAGGAGCGCAAGGUUAAUGUUCUUCAGAAGAAGAUUGAAAAUCUUCAAGAACAGCUUAGAGAUAAGGAAAAGCAGAUGAGCAGCUUGAAAGAACGAGUCAAGUCCUUGCAGGCUGACACCAGCAACACUGACACUGCCUUGACAACUUUGGAGGAGGCCCUUGCCGAGAAAGAGCGGACAAUUGAACGCUUAAAGGAGCAGCGGGACAGAGAUGAGCGGGAGAAGCAAGAGGAAAUCGAUAACUACAAAAAAGAUCUCAAAGACUUGAAAGAAAAAGUCAGCCUAUUGCAAGGCGACCUCUCAGAGAAAGAGGCGUCACUCUUGGAUCUGAAAGAGCAUGCUUCUUCCCUGGCCUCCUCAGGAUUGAAAAAGGACUCACGGCUCAAGACACUAGAGAUUGCUUUGGAGCAGAAGAAGGAGGAGUGUCUGAAAAUGGAAUCACAGUUGAAAAAGGCACAUGAGGCAACAUUGGAAGCCAGAGCUAGUCCAGAGAUGAGUGAUCGAAUACAGCAAUUGGAGAGAGAGAUUACCAGGUACAAAGAUGAAUCUAGCAAGGCCCAGGCAGAAGUUGACCGCCUCUUGGAAAUCUUGAAAGAGGUGGAAAAUGAGAAGAAUGACAAAGACAAGAAGAUAGCUGAAUUGGAAAGGCAAGUGAAAGACCAGAAUAAAAAGGUAGCAAAUCUGAAGCACAAGGAGCAGGUGGAAAAAAAGAAGAGUGCACAGAUGCUAGAGGAAGCUCGACGGAGGGAGGACAAUCUCAAUGACAGCUCCCAACAACUGCAGGACAGUCUCCGUAAGAAGGAUGACAGGAUUGAAGAGCUGGAAGAAGCACUAAGAGAAAGUGUACAGAUAACUGCAGAGCGAGAAAUGGUGCUAGCCCAAGAGGAGUCAGCCAGGACCAAUGCUGAAAAACAGGUGGAGGAGUUAUUGAUGGCCAUGGAGAAAGUAAAGCAGGAACUAGAGUCCAUGAAAGCAAAGCUGUCCUCCACCCAACAGUCUCUGGCAGAAAAGGAAACUCAUUUGACCAAUCUUCGGGCAGAGAGAAGGAAACACUUAGAGGAAGUUCUGGAGAUGAAGCAAGAAGCCCUUUUGGCUGCCAUUAGUGAAAAAGAUGCCAAUAUAGCUCUUUUGGAGCUUUCAUCCUCUAAGAAAAAGACCCAAGAGGAAGUGGCUGCACUAAAGCGUGAGAAGGAUCGUCUGGUGCAACAGCUCAAACAGCAGACACAAAAUCGAAUGAAGCUAAUGGCCGACAACUACGAGGAUGACCACUUCAAAUCCUCCCAUUCCAACCAAACGAAUCAUAAGCCCUCCCCAGACCAGAUCAUCCAGCCCCUCUUAGAACUUGACCAAAAUAGAAGCAAAUUAAAGUUGUAUAUUGGACACCUGACAGCCCUCUGCCAUGAUCGAGACCCCCUGAUCCUUCGUGGACUCACUCCACCAGCUUCCUAUAACUUGGACGAUGACCAGGCAGCUUGGGAGAAUGAGCUGCAGAAGAUGACCCAGGAACAGCUUCAGAUUGAGUUAGAAAAAGGUGAACGGGACAACGCAGAACUGCAGGAGUUUGCCAACGCCAUUCUUCAGCAAAUAGCUGAUCAUUGCCCCGACAUCCUGGAGCAAGUGGUCAACGCAUUAGAGGAGUCAUCUUGACCCUGCUUCGUGGGGAGUGGCCAGCCCAGCAGCCAAGAAAGGGGGACUGUAGGGAACAGGCACCCAAAAACUUCUUGGCACCAAACACUACAAACUACAUCCUGUCUUGCUCACUUGAAGAGGUGUGAUUCCAGCACCACUGCUACAUCUGUCAUCUUACUCUGUCUUUCUGCUUUGGGUGUUGUCUCUACACUAAUUUUCUUGAUGUCCAGGGUGGGUAAAUGGCCAAAUCUCUAUGAAGGACUGCCAUCCAGUCAUCAACUUGAGAACUGUGGAAGCUGGUGGCUCUGCCCAUACAGAGGGACAUGGUGUAGAGAGCCCUCCUACCUUCUGUCCUUCAACAUGAGAACUAAGUCUGGAAUCUACUUGGAGUUCAGCACAUUGACAGAAUCCCUCACAGUGGACCAGAGAGCUGAGUGUAAUAAUAUCACAAUAGGUGCUUUCUCCUAAAAGGAAAAAAAAUCUCAAAAAGAGUAUUGGAUAAAGAGAGGUGAGAAGAAAGACAGAACAGGGACAAAGAGAAAACUAACUCUUCUUUUUACUGUCUCUUUUAUUUUCAUGUGUCAUGUUUUAUACAGGGGCGCUACAAGCAGGCCUUGCGAUAGCUUAGCAAGUACCCGUCCCCCAGUUUGUGAGUCUUCACCCCAGCCCUGUCUGUCUGUCUCACCCUCUCCUGCUCUACUCCUAGAUGAUGAACAGUUCUUCCCCUAGUCUCUCUUGUUUAGGACGUUUGAUCUUAUCCUACUUAGUUGUUGGAUCAGAUACUUCUAGCUGAGAGAAGAGGGUUGGACAUGUGAGCCCUGUCUUCACCACCUGCAGCUUGGCUCCUGCAGAAGAUGACCACGCCUUGGGGUCAGACUGCUUUCUCCUGAGCAUCUCCAGAGUGCUGUCUGCCGUCCUGCCACCACAUCCCGAGCUCCUGCAGCCCAGUGGCCAUAUGGUUUACAACCUAUCUCUCACCCUUCCAGCUUUACUCUUGACCUGCUCUCUCAGAACCACAGCCUCGUUCAUUGCCUGGAAACUUCUUGCAGCACAACUGCAUGCUUCUUAUCCCACACACAUUCCUUCCUUCAUCCUUCCAUUCAGAGAAUAUUUAUGAAAUGCCUGCUGUGUACAAAUCACUGUGCGAAGCGCCCAUCCUAGGAAAGUCUCUGCAGUGAGGGAGAGGUGCAGAGGGUUCUGAGACAUCCCCAGGGGAGUCAAAGCAGCAAAAGGGUACCUUCCCUUACCCCGUCUUAAUAGAAUGUAUCUUUUCUAGGAAAGUCUUUCACAAAUCAGCACUUCUUGUCAUAACGGAAUGGAUGGGUUUGGGGGCUGAGUCACACAUUAGCCUACAGGAUCCACUUGGUGAUUCAGGAUUUUUGCUGUUCGUUGUCAUUACCCUUAAAGUCUGUGCUGUUUAGAAGGCUGUGAGAAUCCACUUGUGGAUGGUGAUUUCUUACCACAUCUUCAUGCACUUUGUGGAAUUUGGCCGGCUCCAUGUUGUAAAUCAGAAAGUUGACAUCAAAGUUGCAAAUCCACUUGAAGGUAUUGGCAUUUUGAGGGGCAUUUUCCCAAGCACAGACAAUGGCAGUUGUAGACAACUAGGCACCAAGAAAUAGACCACUUAACCCACAUCUAGCCCUUUGACCAUGUUUACCCCCAGAAACCCACCAGACACAUCAGAUAAAAGUCACUGAACUGAAUGUUUUUAUCUUGCGCUUUGUCCUCUCUCCUUCCCCAGUUGCUCACUCAAAAGAAUUUAGUGCUGCCCGUGAAGUCCUCGCAGCCUUGGGCCCAGGACCUUCCCACCUCAGCCCUUGACUGUCCCGCUAACUUACAUGAUCGCCUCUCCAGCUCCCCUCCUUCCCUGCUGUAAAACACUCCCUCUCCCUGGGAGAAGCUGUGGAGCAGUCCUUAUUGAAGGUUUAAAUGGGCUCUGCUCAUAAACCUCUCACUGAGAUGCUUCCUGACAGCCAGGCUGGCCAGAGGGAGGUGCAGGAGAUAGAGAGCCACGGGUGUCGUCUGUGGUCAGUUACCUCAGUUCUGUUUAUUGUACGGCCCAUAAACCAUGCACAAAGCUCCCAGUGUAUCAGGGCUGGAGUGUUAGAAUCUCACUUCAUCCACCGUAGUGUAAAGAACUGAGGUAUGACAGCAGCCUUCACAGGGCUACAGCAGAACAGAGAAAGCAGGAGAAGAGCCUGGGACCCAGUAACACGGGCUGGCGCUGGCCGGCCGUUCUCUAGCUGGUCUGGGAGCACAGGCGUCAGCAGCCUCCUAGAUCCAGCCCGUCCUGCCUCGCGCAUCUAGCACCGCUCCUGCCACUCUUGACACUGGCGUGUGGCUCUCUGGCAACUCCUUCCUCCUUCUUGUUUUGAUCUUCCCAUCACUUCUCCUCCAGGAAAACAACAGAAGCCCUCUGUGACAAGUGCUUCUGAGAAAAAUAAAUUCUGGGACAGACACCUCUGUCUGGUCUCUGUGAACCAUAGCUGGGAAUCCCCUUAAUCCUUCUUGAGUGAUGAUCUGGCAUCUCAUGUGACUCUGGGGACUGUUUGGCUCAAGUUUAAUGGUAGACGUGGCCUGCCUUUAUAUUACAGGGGCAAAGUUAACACAGUGUCUAGCAUCAGAGUAUCUUGUUAUGAUCAUUUGUUGAGCCAACGUUUACUAACGCGUAACUCCCACUGCACUGGCACUUGUCCUGUGACCCUCUUCUGGCAUUCAUGGUUUCAUAAGGUCACUCAACUGCUCCUGGAGGUAGAGAGCCUUGAAAACUCUCUGCAUCCUUCCCCAGACUCAUCCGUUCUAUUCGCAGGUCUCAUUGCUCUUUAGCACCUAAAGAUCUGGACCCCAAAUCAAGGUCAUCAUAAAGAGGACAAUAAGAGUGGGUGGAAUCCAACCCCGGGCUCACGACUAAAGAAAUACCGGGGGAGUUUCCCAUCUUUUCGUGUACCUCCAUCCCAGGCACUUACUGAGUUGCUCAUGAAGUAUCUGAAUUGAGAUUUGUAAGGACUUGGAUACCAUUGGAAAUGUAGAAGAUUUUAAAUGGGCUUUAACACAUUAAGAAAUAGGAACGGGCAUCCCCAAAUUCAUCUCAGCUCUAACCGUUGUCCUUGCACCUUACAGUCUAAAGACGGAAGUGCGUCUGUCUCUUCCUUACACUGGGGCUUUAGAAACACUGCUAGAGCAGACGACCCGGGACCGCCUGCAGUGC